UUCACGGUCGUAAUUGUGCAUUAGGGACAUUAUGGUUGUAAUGGUUCUUUUCUUAACCUCCGAAAACAGCAAAGCUCCUGUUUUUUUCUUAACCCAAACUACACGUUGAGCGUAUUUCAGAUGAAAGCAGAUCUAUACGGAAACCUACAGGUGGUAAACGCAGUCAGUAGUUUUAAGCGGGUUCUGGAGAAGUGGAUUUAAAGAAAACAGAAGAGGGACGUGAGCAGUUUCUAACUGGGCCAGGCUGUCGAUGCAAAUCCAGAAUGCGGAUUUACCACAUUACGCGUUUCUCAUAUUUUCAACACGUAUAGCCUGGAGGCCGACAAGCCUAAAGGCUGCAGUGGUUUCGUGGCAGCACCUCCAGUGUGUCAGUGUGCUGUAUGUGAUCUAACGUAAACCAGCUCAGUGGAUGUUAACUCUCUGAGGCUUUGAGGCUACUCUGCUGAUGAGAUUGCAUAUGAGGAAAGGGGGUUGUUGUUGUCGCGUACGUCCAUCUCUCUCCGUCUGUAUGUGUCUAACAUUUUUGAACUCCACGUCCCAAUAUUCUGUGUAAUUAUUCGAAUUGUUCCCUAAAGGUUUUCCAUAAAGCCUGUGAAUGGCUGAGUUUGUCUCGUCUCUGCUCUCCUGUGGUGCAUUCGAGGCCUUACGUUUCAGCCUUGUCCUUGUGCUCUGUGGGUCCGUCCUUGUUGUUGCUCAUGUCACAGCACAAUGAUUGAGAUGAGAGACGUGACGCUGAAACCGAACCAAGGUGUAAUAUUCUUAAGAUAUUCCUGACCAAACACAAGGAGUUGCUAAAAGGCUUGCAAGAAGCGUCUGAGAAAAGCUCCAUGGAAAUGUGUGAGCGGAAUCCUUUAAAUCCCGGCUAUGUUGGUUCUCUGUUGAAUUUUACGCCCCCUGAGUCGCUCUAUUUCUCCAAUUUGCGGGGCAAUGGAGCGCACAUACCCGGGCUGCAUCAGCUCCCUUACAACAGGAGAGAUGUGUGCACGCUCCCGUGGACUUCCUCAAGUUCGUGCACGUCUGGAGCAGCAGCAGCACAGCCACAGAGCCGCACCUUCGGAGGCUACUGUCCGCCGUUUCUGUCCAACUCGGUGUCUAUAAAUUCAAACUCCGUCAGCGGCCACGCAGUCAAGGCGCAUUUGGAGGAGCCGGCGCGAUGCUUUCAGAAUGCCAACCACAAGAGUGACGAGCCUGGCAGACAAGAUGAGGUUUACGCCGGGGAACACGGGGCCGCCAGUGACCGCGGUUACUCAGAUCUAGACAGCCGGUCUCACGGUUCUGCGGCCCAGCUCGACCCGGACUCUGCAGGUCCCCUGCAUGUGAACGGCACCAAACAGGAGCAGAAUCUCGGCCAUCCAUCCUCGAGUAACACAUGUUCAAGAACGACUUUUGCAGGAGGUGCCCCGUGGUGCUCAUCACAAGUGAAAACCAGAAAGAAGAGAAAGCCUUACUCGAAGCCACAGCUGGCUGAACUUGAGAAUGAAUUUCUGAUGAAUGAAUUCAUCAACAGACAGAAACGAAAAGAGCUGUCAGACAGACUGGACCUGAGCGACCAACAAGUGAAAAUAUGGUUUCAGAAUCGGAGGAUGAAAAAGAAACGACUGAUGAUGCGCGAACAAGCUUUCUCGGCGUACUGAUGACCUCUGGACUUGAUCGUGACCAGGAGCGCACACCUGUGUUGUGCUGUGAAUGUUGCAGCACAUCACAUAGCCUGUCGGUCUGUGGCAUGGACUUGUAUUAAAGUAUAAAAUGUUUCUAUUCCUGUCACGCAAUAGGCUACAUGAUAAUAAAGUAACGCAUUGCAGGUUAUAAGAUGCGGUGGAUCCUACUCAGUUGCUCUCCAAAUGCGCAGUGGGCCUUGGCUCUUGUUGGCCUGUAAUGAUAAACCUUUAAUUGUCUCUCAUUGAGCUCAAAUUUCCGGCCCUUUCAGACAGGAAUAUUGUUCUGUAUGUUUUCUUUUUGUGUGUGUGUUUUUUUAUGACGACCUGCGCAUGUAGUGCAGGCCUUAUGUGGAAGCAAACAGUCAAGUUCAUGUUUACGGACGGACGAAACACCAACAAAAGUCUCUAUGAAAUAUAUUAUAAUUGCAUGUCUAUUUCCUAAUUGCUGUUGUUCAAUUAAAGGAAUGAUCUCUCCCUUAAGUGAUGGUGAUGGAAUAAAAGAAAUCGCGUUUGUUCUGUAUGGUCUGCGGUGGAAAAGAUUUGCGCCGCAUUGACUGCUGGAAGUUGUUUACUUCAAACGCCUGCAAAAAAAUAUGAGUUUGUGGAUGUGAAACGUUGUCACGGUGUUAGUCCAAACUGCGUUAUUAUUUUAUUAAAUAAGGGUGGAUUUUUGUCUUGCUGCACACUCAGCUCA